UGGAUAAAUACAUCUAUCAUGCCAAGCUCUGGACUGUUGUGCCCAUCUAGCAUAAAGGAUCUACCACUAGGCACAAAAUACAUUUGCCCCAAAAGAGAUUCCUGCCUUUCAUUCCCUUUGUCUUUGUUAUGGUUAAGCCUAUUGAGCUAUUUGCUGCUUGGAUACUGUCCAGGUGUAUUCGCUGGAGAGACAUGGGGCAUGGUUUCUAUUUGCCCCUUCCAUUGUGUAUGCCGGAACCUAUCAGAGUCUCUAAGCACACUCUGUGUGAACAAAGGACUGCUCUUCGUCCCAUCCAAUAUUGACCGCCGUACUGUGGAGCUCCGCCUUGCUGACAACUACAUCCUGGAAGUGGGUGGUGCUGACUUUGCCAACAUGACUGGAUUAGUGGAUCUGACACUUUCCAGGAACACGAUACAUAACCUGCGUCCAUUGGCCUUUGCCGAUUUGGAAAGUCUGCGAUCACUGCACCUGGACACUAACCGGUUGACAGUAGUGGGACCUCAGGACUUAACAGGACUUCUCAACCUUCAGCAUCUCUUUAUCAACAACAACCAGCUUACAGAUGUCUCAGCUGAUGCCUUCGAUGACUUCCUGCUAACGCUAGAAGACCUGGACCUGUCCUACAACAACCUUCGCAGAGUCCCCUGGGAAGCAAUUCAGAACAUGGCCAGCUUAAGCACACUCAAUUUGGAUCAUAACCUUAUAGACCAGAUUGCAGAGGGAUCUUUCAGUGAGUUGUACAAGCUUGCUAGGCUGGAUAUGACCUCCAACAGGUUACAGACACUUCCUCCUGACCCCCUGUUCUCCCGCUCACAGAUUGGGGUCGUUAGCCCAACGCCUUACAACACCAUCAUCAGCUUAAAUUUUGGUGGGAAUCCUCUUCAUUGCAAUUGCGAGUUGUUGUGGCUGCGAAGGCUGAUUCGUGAGGAUGACAUGGAGACCUGUGCCACACCUGCACACCUUGCUGGACGAUACUUUUGGUCCAUCCCAGAGGAGGAGUUUAUAUGCGAGCCUCCACUCAUCACCCGAAACACCAACAAGCUGUGGGUCCUGGAAGGGCAGAGGGCCACCCUGAAGUGCCGUGCUCAUGGUGACCCAGAGCCAGUCAUCCACUGGGUCUCCCCAGAUGAUCGAAUCGUGGCCAACACCAGCCGAAUACGCUCGUAUUACAACGGAACUCUGGAUUUUCUGGUAACACGUGCUAGAGAUGAUGGAGCUUACACAUGCAUUGCUAUAAAUGCGGCUGGAGAGUCAACCACCCAGGUGGACCUAAAGAUUAUCCCACUGCCCCACAAGGGAAAUGGAACAGUAUCAUUUAUUAAUGCUAGAGAUCCUGGUGCUUCUGACAUCAGUAGUGGAAGAGGAGGGUCUGUGGGAGGGAUAGUAACAGUAAAGAAUGUGACUGGAGGUGACGGGAAGGAUGAAAAUGGUGGUAGUCACACUGGAACUGAGAAAGUGGUGGGAGUUCUGGAUGUGACUUCAAACUCUGCUCAGGUGCACUGGUAUAAAGGAAGAACUUCAUUGCCGUACUUGGUGUGGAUGUACCAGAUUCAGUACAAUAGCACAGCUGAUGAUGCCCUCGUGUACAGAAUUCUGCCGUCUACGAGUAACAGUUUCAUGCUGAAAAACCUGGUCUCAGGUGCAGACUACAAUCUGUGUGUGUUGGCCAUUUUUGAUGAUGGAAUCUCAGCCCUGGCCAACACAAAAGUAUUAGGUUGCACCCAGUUCAGCACUAAAGAGGAUUAUCCAGAAUGUCGAUCACUGCAGGCGCACUUCCUAGGUGGCACGUUAACUGUGAUGAUAGGCGGGGUGGUCGUGGUAACGUUGCUGGUCUUCACGGUGGCUAUGAUGAUGCGACACAGAGUCUGUGUCGACUGUCGUGACUACGCCAACCAGUCGGGUGAGUUUCUUCCAGGGAAAGGGGUGGAUGUUUAUGCCCAAACUAACGGAAAUAACAGUGUCAUGAUGGUGGCUUUACCAAACCGCUUACAAGCCCAGCAACCAAGACCAGUACAUACAAAAGCCAAAAAUAAAGAGCAAAAAAAAAAUCCAGGGCCCGGCAGCAGUCGGGGUGGAGAUAUUGACCCAACAAGGAAGAAACAAGCACAGUCAUUUACACCAGAAAGUGAAGGAGUAACAUACUACUACUCCCCUGCCAAAGCUGCACUCACCCUGCCCCAACCACUGAAGCAGGACUGCAAGCUGAAGCUGCGAAGGUCUGUGGACAAAGGUAGCGUUCAAGGAUUUAGGCACUCCAUAGCCUCAGUGGCAACUACUCAGGCAGGAAAAAGUGAAGGGGAGGGAAGCUCAGACCUAGAUUGUGAAGGAAGGCAAGUGCUGGGAGCUAAGCGCAGCUGCUCUUUUGACGCGGGCGAGAUCACCACAACAACGUGCUACAGCUACGCCAAGCGACUGAGCUUCAUCUGGACCCGCCGCAGCCAGUCUCUUCAUAGCAUGCUAGUGCAGUGCGCGUCCAACACCAGCACGUCCAGCACAGCCAGCGAGCAAUACAGUCAUGUAUUAAUGCACGGGUAUUUGCAAACCCACGCCUCCAACAACUCCUCAAACUCCAAUUCUAACUCAAACUGUAGCAUGGCUGCAAAUCCUGGAGACCUGGAGGAGAGUGUGGUCUAGCAGCUGACGCGAGAAAGGGACUGCAAUGUCUAGUGUCAGCCUACGGCAAAAUGUGCCAUGAUAAGUGUGAUAAAUGUGCCAUGAAAAACACUGUACCAUAAAAAAGAGUAAACAUUUUCAUACAAAGCAAGAAAAGCAAAUAAAAAUUUCAAAUACU